AUGAUAAAAUAUGAUAAAGAAGAUAAAGGGAAAGCGCAGUCGUCAGAAGUGUCAAAGGGCACCGAAUUCAAGAUAUCUGAUAUACAAAUAUGCGGCAACUAUGUGGUUUACCUGACUGUUGUGUAUUUUUUCAUGGUACUAUCACAAUUUGAUAUACCAGUGGAAUAUGUUAAAUUGGGCACAACAGUACAAAAUAUUGGCUUAAUGAUUGGUGCUAUUGUAGCUGGCAAUCUCGCUGAUAUUUUUGGUAGAAAGAAAGUAUUGCUAUCAUUUACUGUCGGUUUGAUAAUAUUUCUUAUUGCUACGCCAUUUUCGCCAUCCUUUAUUGUCUUUACAAUUUUUCGCUUCUUCGAUAUGAUCUUCACUGGUGGAAAGCAUUGUGUUUGUAAUCCGUAUUUUAUGGAAAAUUUACCGGACAAGCAUCGGAUGUGGCUAGCGACCGUAGUUACGUAUUCACCCAAUUAUAUUAUCUUAGCUGGCAUCGCAUACUUAUGUAAAAAUUGGAAAAUUCUAUCAUGGGUAGCUGCUGGCAUUGCUGUAUUACCUUUAUUCACGAUACCAUUUCUAAUGGAUACACCACGAUGGUUGAUAAAAAAAGGAAAAGGUAAGGAAGCAUCAAAAGCAGCUGUUUACAUUCGGAAAUGGGAUGAAAAGCUUACACCGGAAAAAACAGAGAAAAUUAUCGCUGUCACUGAAAAAGAAACAAAGGAAGAGCUAGCAAAAAUGAAAAAAGGAAAGAAGAAUUAUUAUUUUUAUCAUUUAUUCAGCGACUGGAAUCUUGGUAGUUAUGCCGUGGUAUUUGCUGCAAGUUUAUUUUCAACAAGUUUUAUCAGUUAUGGUAUCGCAUAUAAUAUGGACGCAUUAGCGGGAACAGUUUACAUUAAUGUUAUUAUUUUGGGAGGUGCAAGAUGGUCCAUUAAUAUAUUAGCUGCGAUGCUUGAAUUUUCAAUUAAAAGUGUUGGACGACGAUUACUUCACCUCGUCGCCGUUGGAUUCAUUGCUGUUACGAUGGGUGUUAUUUUUGUCAUUUAUAUAUUUACAUGGCCAAAAAUUAACAUCUAUAAAGCAGUAGUGAAAGCUGGUGGAACAGGUGAGGAAUCGAUUCACGCGGUCAUUAUGUUCACACGAUAUGCUUCCCUUUUGGCAGCGGCUAUGUGCACCGAAAUAUUCGUUCUGGACUCCGUACAACCAGCCGAGCUAUUCCCAACACCGAUACGAAGUGCGGGAAUUGCUUUCAUUCAAACAUUCAACCGUUUAGGCACCAUUGUUAGCCCGCUUGUGUUUAUCCCGAGUAAGCAUUGGCCGCCAGCGCCAUUCCUUUUAAUGUUUAUAACAAGCGCUGUGGAUUUUUUGCUCUAUUUUUUCCUGGUACCCGAGACUCGGGGAAAAAAACUACCGGAUAAUAUGCCAGGUGAAGAGUUUGACCUCCACGAGGAUAACACUCAAAGCACGGAAUCCACGACGAAUGCAGAAAGCCAUCAUUUCGCAUCACAGAAUGGAAAAAAAGCAAAGAAAGAAACGGAGACAAAAACGGGUGAGGAUGACGAAACAGAGAGCGGAAAGAGUGAAGACAAGAAGGAAAAAAGGGAGAGUGUAGGAAAUGAGGAAAAGACAGAAGAGAAAAAAGAAGAGGAAAGAGGACAAAAGAGCAGUGAAUAA